GGCAGGGGCAGAGCAGGAGCUGGAGCUGCUCUAAAAGCUCGGAUCAGUGGCCCUGCCAACACUAAAGCCAAGGCUAAGAUCCAGGCCAAGGCAGUGGCUGAGGCAGAACUGAAAACAGGACCAGUGACCCAGGCCAAGGCUGGGGAUGGAGCAGUGGCCAACACAGUGACCUACACUGAGGCCAUGGCUAUGACAAGGAAUGUGGGCAAGAUGGAAGCUAUGACAGAUAGAGUCAUAUCUGAGACUAAGGCAAAAUCCAUGGCAGAACCUGGUACAGUGCCCCAAACCAAGUCAAAGGUGAUGCCUAUGGCCAGGGUCAGUGCAGUGACCAAGUAUGAAGUCAAGGCUCGUGCUGGAAGUGAAGCCAAUAUCAGGUCCUUUGCCAAGGCUGAUGAUAAAGCCGAUAUUGAGUCCAGGCCCCAGAGAAAGAGAGAGGAUGGCAUCAAAUUCAGGGCUGGGGCUGAGGACAGAGCUGGUAUUGUAACCGAGUCCAUUGAUAAAGAUGAAGAAAAUGUCUGCUCCUGGUUCUGGACUGGAGAAGAACCUAGUGUAGGAUCCUGGUUCUGGCCUGAAGAGGAGACCCCUUCUCAAGUUUAUAAGCCUCCACCUAAGAUCCAGGAAAAGGCCAAGCCCAUUCCCAAACCAGAACUCACUAUAAAACAAAAAGCAGCAGCAUGGUCAAGAGCCAGGUAUAGUGUCCUAGUCCCAAUAGAAGGAGGGGAGCCAUCCUUGCCUCCAGAAGGGAAUUGGACUCUGGUUGAGACCUUGAUUGAAACUCCUCUGGGGAUUCGGCCUCUGACCAAGAUCCCACCCUAUAAUGGGCCUUACUUCCAAACCUUAGCUGAGAUCAAAAAACAGGUGAAGUAUAGGGAAAAGUAUGGGCCCAAUCCAAGAGCCUGCCGCUGUAAAUCACGUGACUUUAGUUUAGAGCCUAAAGAAUUUGAUAAACUCGUUGCCCUACUUAAGUUAACUAAGGAUCCUUUUAUUCAUGAAAUAGCUACUAUGAUAAUGGGCAUCAGUCCGGCUUAUCCAUUUACCCAAGAUAUAAUUCAUGAUGUGGGUAUUACUGUUAUGAUUGAAAACUUGGUCAAUAAUCCCAAUGUUACAGAACACCCUAGAGCUUUAAAUAUGGUAGAUGACAACUCUGAGUCUUCUGAAGAACCAAAACCAGCAGAAUCGUACAUACGCCAAGUUUGUAAGGACAUAAUCUCUUACCCAUUGAACUCCCCCGUGCAACUGGCUGGACUAAAAUUAUUAGUGCACCUAAGUGUGAAAUUUGAGGAUCACCAUAUAAUUGCUAAUUACAUUCCAGAUUUUCUUACCUUGUUAAACAAGGGAAGUGUCAAAACCAAGUUUUAUGUUUUAAAAGUGUUCUUGCGCUUGUCCAAAAAUCAAGCCAAUACGAGAGAACUGAUUAGUGCCAAAGUACUAUCCUCACUGGUUGCGCCCUUUAACAAGAAUGAGUCAAAGGCCAAUAUUCUUAAUAUCAUUGAAAUAUUUGAGAAUAUAAAUUUCCAAUUCAAAAAGAAGGUGAAACUGUUUACCAAGGAAGAGUUCACUAAAUCUGAGCUUAUUUCCAUAUUCCAGGAAGCAAAAGAGUUUGGUCAGAAACUCCAAGACUUAGCAGAUCACAGUGAUCCUGAGGAUGGUGGACGGAAGUGGGGACAGGGAGGCGGACAGACACUGAGUAGCCGGGGGAUUCUCACACACCGAGGGGCGGUUGAUAUCCAUCCGCCGCUGUUCGCCACACACCUUCCCUCCCCGCCGCCCCCGACCUCUGGAUCCCAGCCCCCACCGCCAACCGUCCCCGGGUCCCAUAGGUUGCAGUGCCAGCAACGAGGGGGUGGGUGGGCUGGGGAGGGGGCGUCGAGCCCGUUCGCGCCGUAUCCCUCCGCCCCCCUUCCCGACACCCUCGCCGCGAGCGUUUCGUGCCGCAUCCUGCGCAGCCCCUGCCCAGUUUGGUGCAGCAGCGCGGGGGGCGGGACGCCUCUUUGCGAUUCUGGCCGCACUCAAGGCGGUGGGAAUCCGAGUGCAGAGCUACGAGAGGAGGGGGAGGCCGACGACUUGCACCUUGAGCCUGUGAGGGAAAGUGGGGGUGUCGUGGGGGGAGGCGGGGGACCCCCACUGUCGCCUGGCUUACAGGCUGUCCGGACCCCAGACCCUGACAGCCUGGCAAGGAGGAAGCGACCCUGUCGUAGCUGGUCCCUGAGAGAGGGGCGCAACGCCGCGCGACCCCUGGCGAGGAGAGGCGGCGACUGGCCUGGGUCGGGUCCGGGGCACGGGGGCUGGCCGGAGAGGCUUCCUCGGAUCCUCUGGAGGCGAACUGCGCCCGUCACUCCGCGGCCAGCUUUCUAG